GCUCCCUGUGCUUCUAUCCCAGAGUGCAUAGAUUCCUGACAACAUGGACGACUAGAUAGUACAAAAUGCGCUUAAAAAUUGUUUAAAUAUACCAAUUUUUUCAUUUCUUUUAAACAUUCACAAUUACUACGAUGGCUGAAGAAGUAGCAGAAAGCUAUAGAUCAUCCCUUGAUGACCUGAAACUCAAUAGUAAACCACAGAUCAGCAUGCUCACUAUGUUGGCAGAAGAUCACGAACAAUAUGCAAGCGAAAUCGUGAGGGUCAUUGAAGAGCAGAUCAAGAAGGUUCCUGUUACAAGAAAGCUACCAAUAAUGUAUUUGAUAGACUCCAUAAUAAAGAAUCUUUCUUCAACUGUUUAUCCUGAGCUGUUUUCACAAAGCAUAGUACGGAUCUUUCUUGGAGUUUUUGAAGAGGUUGAUGAGAAGACAAGGCAAUCCAUGUAUAAACUAAGGCAGACAUGGGUAGAUAUCAUACCCAACAAAUACCUCUACAUUCUUGAUAGAAAAGUUCAACUAAUUGACCCUGCAUGGCCAAUUACAGCUAAGGCACCUGAGCAUGGUGUUAUCCAUGUGAAUCCUAAGUUUCUCAAGCCAAAUAAGGUUGAAGAAGAAAGAAGUCCACAGUUUAGCCCAGUAAACUCAGAAUCUGCUCAUUCAGAUGAUGCAUACAAAGAUGAGCUUGUGCGUGCAAAAGAAGAACUUCAAACUCUUCGAUUACAGCUUGAGUUGGCUGAAACCAAAGCCAAACUGGAAAUGCAGAAAAAACAAUUAGAAGAAAAAGCUAUAUUAAAGUCAGGCUUUUUGCAUCUAGAUGAAAAAUCUUUAUUGAAGCCAAGCAAGAAGAUAAUUAAUCGUGAACCUCCACCAGUUAUUAAGCUCCCACCAGUUGGCAAUUCAACAACUUCUGGACAGUCUGGCAGCCGUGACCCUCGUUUGAAUAGAGAUCCUAGAAUAAACAGGGAUCCUCGUCUUAAGAAGCAAAUGGAAAAGCAAGAACAAGAAAGAAUUGAAACUGAGAAGCAGAGAGUAGAAAAGGAAACCACUCCCCCAGUCAUACAGAAACCAAUAGUUGAUGUUAACAAAGUAGCAAGUGGGCAUUCUGGUAUGAGGGUUGCACCUGUUGAUGCACCAAAACCUACAUCUCCUAGAUUAGAUUUAGCCACUCUGUUAACAUCAUUUUCAGAGGUAGCUGCCAAGGUAGCUGCAGAAAAUAAAAAGAAAAUUUCCCCUCCAGUCAAUGAGACUCAAAUGGCAGUUGAUCCUCGGGGUCCUUUAGAAAAAAAAGAAACAAAGUUGAAAUCUAAUGAACAUAAGAUUGUUCAGCGUGAAACCAGAGACUCUUCCAAAGAUAGAAAGGUAGACCCUAAAUCUAAGAAAGAAUUACCUGUUGCUGAUAAAUCUAAAGAUUCACCCUUAAAAUCUGAUAAAACAAGCGAACAAGAUAAAAAAAGAGAGCAAAGUAAAGAUAAAAGUCCAGCUAAAAAAGAUAAAGUUGACAAAGAAAAGAAAGAUAGAGAAAAGGGGGACAGCAAGGAUGAUAUUAAAAAGGAAAGCAGUGACAAAGAUAAAAAGGAUGUUAAAGACAGACGAGACAGUAAAGACAUUGAUAAAAGAGAGAACAGGGAUAGAAGAGACAGCAAAGACAAAGAUAAGAGGGAUAGCAAAGAUCGCCGUGAUUCAAAAGACUCUGAGCGCUCUAGAGACAAGAGAGAUAGCAGAGAACGGCAUGCGGAUUCUGAUGUCAGUCGUCACAGCCCAAGGAGAAAUUAUAAUAGAAGAUCUCCUCCAGAUUAUAGGCGAAACUUUCGAGACACUCGGCCUAGCAGAGCUAGAGGCAGGGAAAAGGCUAGACUAGUGGAGCCUGUCAUCCAUUCCUCUGAUGGAAAGACUGACCAGUUUGGACGUAUGCUGAGAACAUCAAAAUCAGGCUCAUCAAGUAGAGACCGCUCCCCUAUCGAUCGUGAAAAGGAAAGAAUUUCUUGCUCACCACAAACAUCAGACAGCAAAGACAAUUUAUCAGCAUUAGUAACCGAACCAAGAUUCCAAAAUGAUGAAGCUAAAGUUGCAUUGCAAGCGAGUAUUGAAAAGAUGGAGCCAGUCAAGGAUUUAGAGCAACCACAAAAGAAAGAUGAAGGGGCUGAAAGUGUCUUGCUCAAAACAACAGAUGAAGAAAAUCUACAUCUUCCUGAAGAUACUACUAAAGAAAAUCCUGUAACUAUGAAUGAACAAAUUGAUGCACAAGUAAUUUCAUUCAAAAGUGAGGUGAUUCCACCAGAGGAGCUUAUUAAAGACUCAGCCCCUGAUUUGUCCUGCUGCACAGAGGAUAUUGACAUGCGCAUUCAACAGCCUCUACCUGAUAUUUCUAAAAAAGACAGCUUAGAGAAAGCUGAAAUAGAUGAAACUGAAGGGGUUUUUUCAGAACCUGGUGACUCCUUAAAUUCAAGGAAACGGUCCAACUCAGAAACUGAUAACAAAAUAGAAAUUAGACCAUACAAAAUUCCUAAACUUGCUGCUUCUAAAAAACUGGAAGAAAAGGACAUAAGCAUAUUUCUCUUCAACAGCAAUUUAUUUGGAGAAGAGGAUGUAGACUUGAGGAUACCAAAGCCAGUUUUAGCACCACCACCUAUGCCGGUUCAAAAUCUCUUGUCACCUCCUGCAUCAUCACUUAAAAGCCCAGCUCAGCGUAGAUGGAGUCAAUUUAAAGAAAGCCAUCCAGAUGAUUUUGCUCAAGACAUUGAAAGGAAACGCUUGCGGGAUGCGCAAAUGCAGUCAAUAGCAUCUGAAGUACAGGAUGUUGAUUUAAGAAUGCUACCCUCAAGACAAAGAUCUUUGCAAAUGCCACCAGUAGACCUUAGCACUCCCAUUCCCAAGGACUUGAUUGAAAAUCAAGAGCAGAUAUUACAGCGUGCUGAACAAGAACUUAAAGAGGGGCGCAUAAGUCAUGUUGACCAUCAAGAGAUUGUAAAACAGCUUGGACAAGUGUAUGAUAUCCAGAAAAAGCGCCAUAACCUAGAAGAACGUCCCUUUAAAAGUCUUGAUUUACGAGAUCCUCGACUCAGAGGCAUACGAGAAAUGAGAAGUUAUCCUGAUGAUUUGGAUAGAAGAGGAUAUAGAGAUGAUGUUGCACAUCAUAAAAAGCCACUAUUGCCAGGUUUACCACUUUCAGGUGAUAUGCCUGAUGAGUCUGCUAAUAAUUCACCAAGAUACAGGGAUAGAAGAGAUAAUUAUCGAGGGGGCUAUGAAACCAGCCCUAAAGAAGAUUUUGAUGCUCGUCGUCCAAGAGCCGGCCCAAGGCCUGAUCGCAGAGUUGGUUCUGAAUUUAAUAGAAGAGGGCCUCCUUUGGAUUACGACGGAAGGUCACCAAGAGAUAUAGAUUUAGAAGACUCAACGUCACCCAGAGACUUUGAUGUUCGUUCUAGGUUCAGAGAUUUUGAUGGUAGACCCAGACGAGAGCUUGAUGAGUUCAAAGAUCAUUCACGUGACUUUGAUGGUAGACGGCCUCAUGAUGAGGAAGCUCAUAGAGAUUUUAGAAACGCAGAUCGGAGGUCUUUUGAUGAGUAUGAUGUAUCUUCUAACAUAAGAGGUCCAGCUUUAAGAGAACCCCGACAUGAUGAUCUCAGGGACAGAAGGCGUAAUACGCCUCCAAUUGAGGGUCAUUACAGAGGUUUAUCAGAAGAGGCUCAAGGCCCUCGACCUUAUGGCAGAUCGGAUGAAGUGCAAGGACCAGUUCCGUAUGUGCAGACAGAUGAAUCUCACAAUGCAAGACCAUAUGGACCAUCCAGACACGUAAUACCACAAGAUUUAAGAGGUCCAAGACCAAACUAUCCUGGACCAGUUAUGAGACCUCAAGGACCAAGACCUAAUGGUCCAGAUGGUCCAAGGCCUUUAGCAUCUCCUACUUUACCAAAUUCAAGAAUAUCCGAUCCAAUGGAAGAUCCUAGGUGGUCUGCAAUGAGAGGUCUGCUUGAUCAUGAGGGAACAGAAGAACUUGUUAUUGAUGGGAAGCCAUUUGAAUUGCGAAUGGGCACAUCUCGUAAAUUACGUGUUUAUGGAAAAGUUAUGGAUGUUGCUGUAGAUUUAAAAGAAAGAGGCAUACGAAUAGAUAAUCAGUUGGUUUAUAAGCUUGGAGAGCCAAUCAAAGAGGUACAUGCAGUUGGUAGGGGUGUUAGGUUGUAUUACCAUGGUCUUCCUAAACCCAUCUGGUUGGACGGACAGCAGCAUGAAAUGCGCAUGGAUGCCCCACCAAGAAAUGUUAUGGUAGAUGGUGUCAGGCGAGGAUUUCAAAUUGAUGGCAGGGAUAUGAUGAUACUAGUAGAUAGGCUUGAGAAAGGGCCUUAUGGUGGACCACCUAGGAAAAUAAGAAUCGCAGGAAUUGAUCAUGAUAUUGCUUUUCAAGCUCCACCGCGUCGUAUACUUAUUGAUAACAAGUCUUGUGACCUGAAACUUGAUGGCAAAAUCCCAUAUGUUAUAAUUGAUGGUAAGCCUCAUGGAAUACGAUUUGAUGGAGAACCUAGGACUGUUUUUAUCAAUGAACAGCCAUUUACUAUACCAGUUGAUAGAGCAGAGAAAAUAAGAAUAGGUUCAAGACCUACAUACAUUGCAUUUGGAGGUCCAGCUCAUGAAAUAAUUAUAGAUGGGAAGUGGUUUGAAGUGAAAUUUGACAAUGUUCCAAAAGACAUUCAUCUGGGUAACAGGCAUUAUACUAUUAGAAUUCCAGGCCCAUUGCCUCGUGUUAAAAUCCUUGAUGAAUUACCCCAGAAUGUUGAUGAGUCACGGCUGAUGUCCUCUAACCAGAUAGUUCCACAAUCUGAUGCAGUUUCAACCCCGUUAGCCUGUGCACCCUUCCCACAUGGACCAGGAAAUGCUCUUGGUCCUUUGCCAGCUCAUAAUAUACCUGGUGCUGAUAAUAUUCAGAGAGCUCAUAUCACAGAAGGCAUUCCUCCUGCUGGACCUCUUAUCACUGAUGGAUCAAGGCCUGCUAAUCUACAAACAUCAGAAGGCAUAAUGCGCCCUGUAGGGCCAAUUACAUCUGAUACUUUUAGAUUUGGUCAACCCUCUGCACAAAAUUUAGCACAACCUAACCAACCUGUAAUGUCUACACAAGUACCCUCUCAGAUGAUGCAACAGUCAAACCCAUCUAUGCCAGGACAGCUAUCUAAUCCCCUUAUGGGACUUCAACGUCCAAAUCUAUUGGGAUUCGGCAUGAAUCAGCAAGGGCUUAAUAGAAAUCAACCUGUUAAUUUGCUGGCUCAAGGAUUGUUAAAUCAAGUUGCUACAAGUAUGAUCAACAAUCAGUUUGUGGGGAUGCAGAGUCUACCUGAUCUUGCUGCUGGUAUAAGAGCAUUGACACAGUUGACAGCAAGUAAUGUUCAACCUCAUAUGCAGUCCCAGAUGCAGCCAGCAUUACAGUCAUUACCUAAACCACUAGAAGAUGAUCAUGGUGCUGUGAUGGCAACAGGCAUGCAAAGCUCAGGUUUUGGUCCGCAGAAAUUUGGAAAGCCAGGUUUGCCUAUAAUGCCUGCAUUAAAUACACAGUCUCAGCCAUCACAUUCAACUAUUCCAGGAUUAUCAGGUCUGCCUGGCUUCUCCUCAACAGAUUCAUUUUCUAAUCCUGUAUCAAUGGCACCUACCAUUUCUUCUGUCACUGCACCCAAACCACCAAUUGAUAUCAAUAGUUUGCUAGACAACCUCUUGAAAGUUGGCUUAAUCAAAGACCCAACUAAGUCUGAUUCAUCAAACCCUCCAUCUUCUACUGACCAUUCAAAACCUGAAACAGCUAAAAAGACAACUACAGAAGAACCAACAAAGAAAAAAGAGUUUAUUCCAGAUCUCACAGAUUUUGCUACAGAAAAACUAAAACGGGUGUACAAGAGUGUGAUAGAACAGCUACAUGAAGGCAUUCAGUGCAAUACUUGUGCAGCUAGAUUUACAAUGAAUGAUCAUGAAAAAUAUCGUGCGCACUUGGAUUGGCACUUUAGGCAAAACAAGAUGGAGCAAGAAAUGGUUAAAGUAGCAAAGAACAGAAAAUGGUUUUAUCCUAUUACUGAUUGGAUUCAGUAUGAAGAGCUGGAAGAUACAGAGGAAAAAUCACGAAGUGAGAUAUUUGAGCAGAUGAGACCCAGCGAUAAUAAGCCAGCAAUAUCAACACCCAUUAGUCUCAGAGCACUUGAAGGAAAAGAAGUAAUUAAAAAUCCUGUGGCAACAGGAGUUGAGGGAGAAGAUGUAUGUGCUACAUGUGGAGAUCCUUUUGAUCAAAUGUGGAAUGAAGACACAGAAGAAUGGAUUCUGAAAAACACAAUUAAAGUGGAUGGAAAGACCUACCACCCUGUGUGUUAUGAGGAUGCCCAAGAGACUCCAACACCAGUGAUAACACCCAGUAAUAACCCACUGGACAUUCAGCUAGCUGGUCUUGAGGCAACACAAGAGAAUCCUGAUCCUGCAGAAGCAUCUAUAACAAACAUCAAAGAAGAACCUAUGGACACUUCUACAGAGCCUUCAGAUCUUCCCCAGGAUGAACCACUGAAAACAGAGGUUAAAAUGGAAACAGCUGAAGAUACUGAAACUGUUGUGCCAAAAGUAGAGUUGGAAUCUGUUUUACCUAACACUGUUUCUGAAGCAAGUACACAUGCAGAGUCAACAUUACACAGUUCAAAUGAAGAAAGGACACUAGCUCCCACAUUAUUAAGUACCAUAACUGAAACAUUUGUUCGUGAAAUAAUUCCUGUUAGCCAUGAGGAUCCAAUGUCCCCUUGGGAAAUGGAUUCAAACCCAACUCCCGAAUUAUCUCGUACACCAACCCCUGAACCUAACCCAUCUUUCACUCCAGCUCCUUCAUUAUCUUGCGAGUCGAUAAAUUCUUUAAUACACGCCCAAGAGCCAACAAUAUCUGAAGACCCCAUACCAUCUUCUUUAAUGCAAACCCAUACUGAUUCACCUACAGUCAAUCAGCCAGAAGUUGAAAAAUUAGAAUCAUCCGAGUCUAGUCAAAGUAAAGUAGAAGUAGUGCCAGUAGUUGUUCAGAAACUGCAAAAUAAUGGUCUGUAAUGUUAAAAAAAAAUGUUUAUUGUAUAUGCAAGUAAUGAUAACUUGUAUCUUUCUUAUAAUCUGUAAAUUCAUAAUUGUUUUUUCUAUAAAAUAAUAAUUUAGCAUAAUAAUAUGCUCGAAUUAUUAAUGUGUAAAUAUUAAAGAUGACUUUAAAAAGGGUCUGUUUCUACCAAUGCUGGUACAAACAUGGAGCUAUGCUUCAGGUUUUCUUGUUUUAUAGUUUAUUUUACAUUGAGCUCAUGUCCUAAAUAUUGUCUUUUACAUUCAUCCAUUUGUUAACUAUUAUUGAUUUUAAUGUAUAACACUGAACUACUCAUUUUGCCUAAGGGGCAAUUUGUAACUGUUUGAAUGAAAUGUGUGAAUGCUAAGUAAUUAUGCUGAAAAUUUUAUUUUUGAAAGGUAUGUAAACAGCCGAGUUUCAAGAGCAAUGAACUGUUGAAUUGAUAAAUUAAAAUUGCUUAUGAUGUGUUCACUGGAAGCUUGAUCACAAAGACUGUGAUAUUUUUUCUACCAAAAUCCUGUGACAAUGGGACAUUAUAUGGUAAUUAAAACUAUAAAUUUUAUACUGUAGUUUUGUUAUACCAUGUUGACUGCCUUAAAAUGCAUUGAUUUGCAUUAUGAAAUAAUAAAAGAAAAAAUAA